UGUCAGUAUAUCAAUGGUGUGAGUGCGUGUCAGUUCCUCAAUCACCGGCGAAAUUUAACAAAACUUAGAAAAACGUUUUUAUUUCUAAAAAAUAAGGAUAUUGUGCAGUGAUAAGAAGGUGUUUUAAUAAUCAUGAGGAUAUUAUUCUUGUGUGGAUUAGUGACAGUCUUUUAUUUUACGUUCGUCGCGAGUCAAACAACGAAAAAGAAGUUGCAAAUUGGCAUUAAAAAGCGCAUCGAGAAUUGUACUGUUAAAUCCAAAAAAGGAGAUACUAUAUCAGUUAGUUAUGUGGGAACUUUCGAAGACGGAACCGAAUUCGAUAAGAGUGACAGUGAAGGUAUUCUUAUAACUUUGGGACACGGUCAAGUCAUUAAAGGAUGGGAACAAGGCUUAAUGGGAAUGUGUGUAGGAGAGAAACGAAAAUUGGUAAUUCCACCAGAUUUGGCCUACGGAGCUACCGGCGCUCCACCAAAAAUACCUCCAAACGCAACGCUCAUAUUUGCAGUCGAAUUAGUUAAAAUUGGUCAGAAAGACGAAUCUACGCAAUCUGAAGAUGUUACUUCCCGAGAGGAACUUUGAGAAAAUAAAUAAAUUUAUAUUUUUAUGAUACACUCUCCGAUCCGGAAGUAUUAUUUAACAAAUAUAAAUAGUCAUUUAAAUAUGAUUAAAAAAAUGUCUACGAAAAAUAAACUUGAUAGAAAAAUUA